ACGGAGACUGUCACCAUGACGCUCACCAAAGGCUCCUUCACCUACUCCAACGGGGAGGAGUACCGCGGCGAGUGGAAGGAAGGUCGCAGGCACGGUGUUGGGCAGCUGACGUUUGCUGAUGGCACCACUUACGUGGGGCACUUCGAGAACGGGCUCUUCCAUGGCUGUGGGGUGCUUACCUUCUCCGACGGCUCCAGGUACGAGGGGGAGUUUGUGCAGGGCAAGUUCAACGGCGUAGGCGUCUUCACCCGCUGUGACAACAUGACCUUCGAGGGCGAGUUCAAAGGCGGGCGUGUGUAUGGCUUUGGUCUCCUGACCUUCCCUGAUGGCUCCCAUGGGGUGCCCCGCAAUGAGGGCUUCUUUGAGAACAACAAGCUGUUGAGGCGGGAGAAGUGCUCAGCCAUCAUCCAGAGGGCCCAGGGUGCCUCCAAGUCUGCCCACAGCCUGACAGCAUGA